AUGCGGCGCUACCUGACUGGCCUCCUCUGCUGCGGCGGCGCGGUUGUAUAUCUUCUGUUCUACACACUCGAGAACCGUGGCGCCCGGCGGCUCCGCGGCGCGUCGCCACGGGCGCUCAUCAGCAGCUCCCACGGCAACGGUUCUUCUACCAAUCCCAAGCCGAAUUCCACGACGACCAAAGUGCCGGGUGCGACGUUCCGGUACCACGCCGAUGAUGGCGAAUGCGACGUGCUCCUUUGCGGCAUGAGCGGCGUCGGCAAGUCGACGCUCUUGCGCAACAUAAAGUUGGGCACUGUCGAACAUGCUUGUUACCCCGUGCCGCGCGAGUGGGACACGUGCGUGGCCGUGUGGAACUUCGUGGCGCCUCGACGGCGUCGAACGGUCCGUCCCGCGCAGGUUCGAGGAGCAAUUGCGACUGCACGGACCCUUCGUUGAUAACACCUUCAAGGUUCGGCACGUCGACACGUGCAGAAAGCAGUGCUCCGGGUGCGGCACGACGCGGAUCAAGAUGACCGCGGACUUAAGUGUCCUCCGGCGCCAUUGGACGGACCGCGUCCUGGCGCAGUACAAGGGCGGCGUCUUAUAUGCGAUGCGAAAGACGAUGUGGAAUUGCCUCGGCCAGUGGGCCCGAUCGCAAGACGUCGACGGCUACGACCUCACGGUGAAUGUGGGUCUCGACGGUCGGUACUGCGUGCGGGCGGGAGGCCGAGCAAAUAAAACACACGCGUAG